AUGCAAACUACCCGAUCAUGCUCUAGCAGCCCCCAACCUAUCGAGCAGAAGUUAUUAUCAAACGAUGCAAGUGAAAUUGGUUUUGAACCAGCCAUCCAACGCGAAGCUGGCGGUGUUCAAAUUUUUAAAGAUGUUUCGAAGAUGAUAAAAGAAGUUCGUGAUAUUAAUAAACAACAUUCGGACGCAUUAGCUCAAUGCCAUGCUAAGUAUCUUAGAAACUUUGAAAAAACGGAUCAAUUGAUUCUGUAUGGCACAACACGUAACAUUGUCCUAUAUUUGAUUCGACUUAGUCAACAAUCAGCAUCCCCUGUUAAUGCACGUAUUCAAAAACUGAAUGCAGUGGCUAGUGAUCUCAAUGAGGGAAUAAAAACGGUCACUAGUAUUGAGCAAUCAACAACAUUGAAAAAACGACUGAAGACAGCACAUCGACCUGUAUAUAAGUCAAAUGAAGAGUUAGAAAAAAGAAGAAGAGAAAAUCAUAAACUGAAAUCCGAAUUAAAUUCACUCAGUACAAAACUAGCCGACAGUACAUUGACGGAAAAGAAAUGGCAAGACUUAAAAGAUAAACAAUGUGACUUGAAGAGUAACCUAAGUCGAUCAGAUAAUCAUACCGCAACUAGCCUUUACAAUCUUCAGAAAGAAGUGCAAAAUUAUCAGAAGCAAGCCAGCAAAUUGUUCAAAGACGCACAGAAGAAAGAAGAGAAACGUCUACAAUUGAUCACGGAGACGUUAAUAAAGUUUUUGGAAGCCCAAGAACUUGAAGACAUUGAAGAAAUUAAAACCCGCAUUAGUGUGGAGCACAAACCAAAGAAAGAUGUGAACGAGUGGGAACUGAAAUACAUUCAACAAACGGAUGACAAUGAUAGCGAAGAGGGAGAGAAAGAAGAUCUGCGCCCGAAAAUGCUCCAGCGUCCCAACAGCGAACUAACGGAUAAUAGAGCGGCGUUACAAAAACCUCUUGAACGUGUGUUCAAAUCGAUUUCGAACUAG